ACAGCUGGCCGACAUCGGCCAAUCAGCGUCCUCGAGAUAAACUGAUGGGCCGCGUGAGAGCAUUUUACAGGAAAAGUUGACAGUUCGUGUUUGGCUUCAUUGAACGAGCUUCGCGAAAUAUUAACAUAGCAGAGCAGUAGAAGCUGACUACACAGGUUCAGAUAAAACAGCCAUGAGGGCGCUGGAUUUGCAAACAAACUUGGCCUGCUCCACAGCAGGGACAAGCUUGUCCUCCAAUUACGUUCCACCAUGUCUGGAGAACAAGCUCCUGGUGCAGACAUCCUCCUCAUUGCUGAGCUCCUCCCUGCAGCCCACUGGCCUGACCUCUACCUCCUCAGGCCUACUCCUCUCCAUGUCAUCCACCAGCUCAUCACCGCUUCUAAGCACCAAUAACACACUUCUGAACUCCUCCCUUCUUGCAUCUUUGACACCAUCCACCAUCAACCCUCUCCUCUCCACCUCUUCUACCAGCCAAGCUCUCCUCUCUGGUGUUUCCCAGCCGCCGUCUUUCCUUCCACGGGUAGGAGACCAGAAAAAGGAUGAUGACGGCAGAGAGGAAAUAUCGGAAGCACAGCUAUGCUCGUUCGAGGAAUCAAGCGUUAAUGGAUUUACAGCCUCAUCCCUUCAGAUGUAUUCUGAAGACGACGAGAUGUAUUCUGAGGAGGAAGAAGAUAGCGAAGAGAGUGUGGUUUCACCCAAGGCCAUGGAGGUGCAAGCUCCAGAGCUCUGCAAGGAAGACCAAACAGUGAUCAGCACCAGACCAGAAGAAUUUGCAGAUGUGGUCCGUGGCAAGCAGCAGAUUGAAGAGGAGCUCAAAAAUAAGAAGUAUCUCCUGCUGAAUGCUGUGUGCCUCUCCCUGGUCAACAAGAGCACUGCACCGGGUCAGGAGGGCUGGAACUCUGAGGAGAGCAUAUGGACCAAAAUCACCAGCCUAGUGAAGGAUAUUGCAGAGUUUGACUCCGAAUUUGUUCUUAAGGUGGCGCUGUACACAAGACAAGAGUUAAAUAUCCGCAUCACCGCUAACUUCUUGCUGGCCCUGGCCGCUAAUCACCCAACCACCAAGUGUCACGUGCGCCGCUAUUUUUGCGCCAGUGUCCAACUACCGUCUGAUUGGCUGGAAGUGGUGCGCAUCUACAGCACGUGCUUCAGCCGCUCACUACCCAUGUGCCUCAAGAAGGCCAUGGUGGACAAGUUCAAGCAGUUUAACGAGUAUCAGCUGGCCAAAUACAACACACGCAAACACCGGUGUAAGCACAACCGAAACAAGUGCAAGAGCAAGAAACCAAGCAGCACGGAUUUGAAAAAGUGGGCCAACAUGCUCCGAUCAGAUGAGACAAUUCUCCAGAAAUAUCUGCAAGUGGAUGCCAAAAAAACUGUGGACAAAAAACAAAAUGAGUUCAACAUGAAGAAUAUGAUCAAGAGGCUUCAUAUCAAGGAACCAGCAGAGCAUGUCAUGGCCAUUUUAGGACGAAAAUAUCCAUCCGACCAGAAGGUGUUCAACUGUAGCGGACUGAAGGGCGACUGGGAGCAGGAGAGGGCGGGUCAAAGGAUGAAGCUCAAGGAUGCGGAGACGUGGGAGCGUCUGCUUAGUCUGGAGGGCAACAAGGCUGCCACCUGGGAGAAACUCAUUGACAAUAAGUCUCUGCCCUUCAUGGCCAUGCUGAGGAACCUUAGGAACAUGAUCAACCAGGGCAUCAGUAUGGCGCAUCACCAGAAGAUCCUCAACAGGCUCACCAAUAAAAAAGCGGUCCUUCAGAGCCGACAGCUUCCCUUCCGUUUUUUGUCUGCCUACAAAGUCAUCAUGGAGCUUCGUGGGCUUGCGUCACCGAAAAUGGCCCCGGGCAACCAGGAGAUCCUGAAGAAGAUCCUCAAACAGGUUCCUAAGACUAAGCGUUUCCGCCGCCUAGACUGGGAGUCAUCUAGCAGGAAGCGGUUGCGUGCGGCACUCUCAGUGCCAUUUGUCUAUCGACUAUACCGCACGAAGAAAGCACAAAUCUUCAAAGCCAAUCGGAGAGAGUACACCAGAGAUGUGCUGGACCGUUACCGUCAAGCCUUGGAAGGGGCGGUGCAGAUCUCAUGCCGCUACAAUAUCCCGCCCAUGCCGGGACGCACGGUCAUCUUGAUCAACGUCCACAUGAACAGAGUGCGGUUGGGGAAAAAGCUUGACUUUUGCCUUCCACCUGACUCAGAAAGCAGUGAGGAUGAGGAAGACGAAGAGGAGGAUGAAAGCAAGAAGAAGAAAAAACAAAAGAAGGAGGAAGACAAGCUGUCUCCUCUGAUGUUGGAGGUUACUGUUAUGCUCUCACUGAUGAUCGCCAGUAGCUGUGAGGAUGCCUCAGUCUACUUGCUAGAAUAUAAUCAAUACACAGAGGUGAAGCUGGAGUCUGACAUGCUUUUGGAGAACGUAAGAAGUGUGCUGCAGCGAAUCAAGACGUUGGGAAACGCAGAGGUCAACCGGCUCCCGUUCAGCAGUUUCUAUCAUAAGGUCCUCCAGAAAAACAAGGCGGACAACAUCAUCUCGCUAACUGAGUACUGGAAUAGUCACGAGGUGACCUGGGCCAUUAACAAGUACAGGAAGGAAACCAGCAACAAAUGUCUCUACAUUGAAAUGACCAUGUCAGACAAUGGCGGUGAGACCAAGCCCUCUGACCGGAACCACGUGUUUAUACGGGGCUUCAGUGAACAAAUGUUGAGGUUUGUGGUUGAAAGAGGCUCAUCUAGGCUUUUGGACCACGUGGAGCAUUUGGACAAACUGCACAAUGUUCCACCACCAGUAGGAGCCAAAGAUCCUGAGUCAACCAAUAGCAUGGUGUCCAUUCCUGCCACUCCUAAAUUAAGGUGGCGUGGUGUGCGCGUCUUCAUCUCGUCCACCUUCCGCGACAUGCACGCCGAACGCGACGUCCUGGUGCGCAGCGUCUUCCCAGAGCUUCGCAGACGUGCUGCGCAACACUGCAUCCAUGUGCAGGAGGUAGAGCUGCGCUGGGGUGUGACAGAGGAGGAGUCGGACCGGGCCGCUGCUCUCUGUUUGGCGGAGGUUGGUCGAAGCCAGAUGAUGGUGGCGAUCUUGGGACAGAGGUACGGCCUGGUGCCGGACACACCUGCUCAACUGGAUCUACCACAGUAUGAAUGGCUGGCAUCAGGACCCACGGACCUGUCGAUCACAGACAUGGAGAUCAGACAUUUUCAGGCUCUCUAUGGUGAAACUGCGAAGCAGCGAAUGUUGUGCUACUUCAGGGAUCCCGACGUCAUAAAGACAAUACCUGUGGCAUGGAAGUCAGACUUUGCCCCUGAAUCAAAAGAGGCUGAGUCCAGAAUGGCACGUCUGAAGCAAUGGAUCCAAAUGCACAAGCUUAAGGUCACAGGUUACCCGUGCGAGUGGGGGGGUUUGGUGGAUGGCAAACCCUACCUGAAGAACUUGGAGUAUUUUGCCAAAGCAGUGCUUGACGAUCUCUGGGAGGCCGUUGUCAAGCAAUUCGUCAACCACGACGAGAAGGAUGAGCCCAAUGCAGAUGGCGUGAUCAUAGAACAAGAAGUUCACCAGGAGGCUCUGCAGCAGCAGUUCCUCAGCAGAGCUAGGCUCCUGUUGGCAGCAGUGGAGAUGGUGGAACAGUCACAAGCCAAAGGAGGGACUUUGUUGGUUGAGGGAGGGCCUGGCCAGGGCAAGACAGUUUUCAUGGCUGCGCUAGCCGAGGCACUCAGAAGUGGCACAAAAUCCAAGAAGAACCUGAUCUGUGAUGUCAUCUCAUACUCUACAACUGCGAGCCAAACAUCUCGCUCCGUGGAGAACCUCCUGCGAUGUCUCGUCUGCGGCAUGAGGCGGCUGACGGAGGAUGAAUCUCCUCUUCCCCUCUCCUACAAGGAUUUGCUGUCAGAGUUUCACACCACUUUGAAAGACAUAAAGAGGAGCAAGCCUCUUGUGUUGCUGGUGGAUGGGGUGGAUCUUGUGUGUGACAACUGGGAUCAGCUCAGUUCUGGUUGGAUACCUCAGCAAUUACCACAGGGUGUUUGUUUGGUGAUGAGUGCCACAUCCACCUCGGUGUUGUUGCACGCCCUGUCCAAGAAGAGUUCCACGCUGCUCUUUACCCUGCCACCGCUCACUAUGACUGAGCGAAAGGAAAUCGUUGAGAAGGAAUUGGAUUCCUUCGGGAAGAAACUCGGAGAUGCCGCCUUCAACAACCAGCUGCAGACGCUGAUCAUGAAAAAAGGUGCGGACUGUCCUCUCUAUCUGCACUUGGCAUGUGAAGACCUGAGGAACUUUGCCUCCUUUGACAAGCUGAAUGAGAACCUACUGGCUUUGCCUCAGUCACUCAAUCUGCUGGUCCAGUACUGCCUGAAGAGAAUCUGCUCUGACCACGGGGGCAUUGUAGGACUCCGCUGGGCUCUGGCAUCCCUCACCGUCAGCAAUGCCGGCUUGAGGGAUCGAGAUUUAUACUCGCUACUGAAUACAUGUAACGAACUGUACUCGCCCAAAAGACGGGUUGCAUGGGAGGAGGUGCUGCCGCUUUGCAGGAGCCCCAAAGGUCGCGUUCCUAUGGUGGCAUUUACCCGAGUUAUGCAGAGCCUGCGAAGUCUGACAAAUCUGUCUCAACACCACAACACUGACGAUGUGCUGGCUCUGUCCAACCCUGAUGUGAGGCGAGCCUUUGAAAAUGUCCUCCUGCCCUCUGAAGACCACAGAAAAAGAGCUCACCUUGUGUUAGCAGGUCACUUGUGGGUGCUGGCUGAUUCUCAGGGUGCAGAUACUUUUCUUCAUGGAGAGGCAGACGCCAUCCAGCAGCUAACUACUAGUUUGGUGCAAAGUGAUGAGAUUGAGGUGCUGCACUCACUGCUGUCCAACUUUUACUUUCUUCAUGCUAAUGUGCGUAACAACCUCCUGCACCACCUACUCAACACCUACAACGAUUAUGAUAAGAAGUCACCCUCAUUAACUAGCGACCAGCAGGCCGCUAUGGAUGACUGCAAAUCUUUCCUGCAACGGCAUGUCGCUGUGCUAUCCAAAUUUCCAGCUCUCUUCAUUCAACAGGCCCUCAACGAAUCUCCUGAGACCGCUGCUCACAGUUGGGCCCGUGGCCUAUUGGGUAGUGGGAGCAUGCGUGCAGUGGAGUGGCUCAACAAUGACCAUCAAACUUUCAUGGGCAGCAGCCAGCUGGUGUCUACCUUCACAACAGAGCCCACCUGCUUGGCAGUGGGCUGUGACAGGGAGAUGAUCGUCGGAACUGGACAGGGAACUUUGCAUUUCAUCAACAGAAACACAGGACAGGAAGUAAAGGCUCUAGUAAGCAGCAGUGACGGCAUCUCCAGCUGCGUCUUCCUCAAGGACGGAUGCCUCGCCACGACUUCCUUUGAUGGGCAAAUUGAGAUCUGGGAUGCCGCCAACGGGUGCCGGAUGUCCCGCAUUCAGGGCCACACCAACGUGAUAACGGGCAGUGAUAUCACAGCUGACAGAAAGCACAUGGCCACAGCCUCGCUGGACUUCACACUAAAAGUGUGGUCUCUGACCAAGGGUGACGAGGUGGCCGCGCUGCCCAGCGACAGCCCUCUGAACUGCAUUACCUUUGAUUCUGAGGAUCGCCUGCUGGCUGCUGGUUGCUGGGACGGGAAGAUUAUUGUGUGGAAGUGGCUUCAGGAUAACACCAAAGUUUGUUUGUGUGGGCACAGCCGCUCAGUGCGCAGCCUGUCUUUCUCACCGUCAUCCUCAUCUACUCUCUGCUCUGGCUCCGUGUCUGGGGAAGUGCGCAUAUGGUCUGUGGAGGCUUCCACUUGCGUGGGAUGUUUCCAAGCACACGCUGGAGCUGCCGAUGCUCUCGCCUUCCUGAACCAGGGCCGCUUGCUUUUGACCGCCGGUUCAGAUAACAUGCUCCAGAUGUGGUCAGGUGGACUAGGACGCUCAGUCGCCGCUUUAAAGAAUACCCAGGAGGUGCAGGAGCCUCCUAACAAGAGGAGCAAGUGCGACACCCCAAAGGAGGCCGGUGGCGCACUCUGCGCAGCCAUCAGCGGGGAUUACAUUGCUGUGGGUUACCAUGAUGAUGGCUUCAAGCUCUUCCGCCUCAGCUCCGGGGAGAUGAUUUGGGAGUCGGAACUUUCCCACUUGUCUGUGCCAUCCCUGCUUUGGGUAUGUGCAGAGACCUCUGCCACUGACCCGCCACCGCCGCUGCUGCUGUCCACGGGGCACGACAAGUGCAUGCGGCUGUGGCAGAGGACGCUUGGAGAGGAUGGAGAGCUGACUGGGCUGGAGAUGACGGAUAUGUUUGGCAGCCAGCUUGGCAUCGUCCAGGCCAUGGAACACAAUGCCACUUAUCUGGCUGCCGCAUCAGAUGACUGUACUAUAUUCCUCUGGCUUUUGAACGAACUGAAUGAUAAGGACCAUUCUGGGCGCCCUGAUAGCCUUCUCAAGGGCCACAGUGGAGGGGUGACCUGCCUGGCCUUCAGCCCCGAUGGUGGACAGCUGCUCUCGGGUGGAAAAGACAAAGCUCUGAUGGUAUGGGACAUGACCUUAUCUCCUCCUGGUCUUUCCAAAGUUCUACCGGCAUUCCACAGAGACUGGAUUACUGACUGUGUUUGGACUUCAGAUUGUGUGAUAAGCUCCUCCAAUGACUGCAGCCUUUGCUUAUGGGAUGUGGAGGCAUCCCUGAACCUGCGAGAGAUCACCUGGAAGAGUCCUCUCACAUCCCUCUGCUGCCUGGGGCCCUACGUGGCAGCUGGAUGCGCUGACGGCAACCUGCAUUUGUGGAAAUGGGAGACCACUAUGGAAAUCUGCAACAUUCCCGCCCACGAGGGACGGGUUCAUGCAUGCGCCGUCCUCACUGAUGCAGACAAAGAAACAAACCCCGAGGAUCUCACUGUACUCACUGCUGCCCAAGAUGGAAAGGUUCGGUUCUGGAAACCAUUACAGGUGGAGCACUUAAGCACCUUCCAGGGUCACAGCGGUGGAAUUUGCAGCAUCGCUCGCAAUGGGAGCAUCCGAGAGUUCCUCACCGUGUCGGAAGAUCGCUCAUUGCGAAGUUGGACGUGGGAAACCGAGAGACCCCCUAGCUUGCGAGGCCCCGUCACUGCCCUCUGUUUCGCCGAUCGGAACUACAACGUGCUGCUUGCUGGUUACGAGUCUGGCCUGCUGGAGGUGUGGCAGCGCAACAGAGUGGUCGGACGAAUGCAGGCUUCGGACAGCAGGGUCUGCGCCAUCUGUUCCAUGCCUAACCGCCGCUUUGCAUUUUACUGCUUGGGCUCUUGUGUGGAUGUGUGCAAGCUGACAUGGAAUCAGGAGCACACCACUGCCAGCAUCAUCAAGGUGAUGUCGCACCAGGUGUCAGACCAAGUGGCUUUCCUGGCGUACUGCUCCAUUCUCAUAGGCGUGUCCGACAGCGGAUUGAUUUUUGAUGUCACUCCUAAUGAAAAUGACAAUUAUCAGUGGUCAAUGAUGGUCAACAGCUGGAACCACAGAGUCGGAGUUCUGGAACUCAUCCAAAAUGACAAAAACAGCAUGUGGAUGUUGGGCGUGUCGGAUGGAAAGGUCGAGCUCGGCUUUAUUUUUGCCAUGGGCCCGGAGAACGCCAUUAACACAUCUUUUAGCACUAUGACCUUAAAGACUGACGCGGAGGAUGAAAAAAAAGAUUGGAUAACCGCUGUGACCAUAGAUGAAGGAUUUGUGGUUUGUGGCGACGUGGCGGGAAACAUAUGGUUCAAUCAACCUCCAGAAUUAUCCACGUGGAGCAGCAGGAAGCUUGCCCAUCAGGACAAGGUCAGUGUGCUGAGGCUCACCUAUAGCCUUAUCAUCUCUGCCUCCUCCGACCGCACGGUGAAGCUUUGGGACAGAAGCACCAAGAAACAAGUGGGAAUGUUUGUGUGCGGGGGUCCGGUAGUCUUGCUAGAGGUGAACCCGGAAAAUCCCUCAGAGAUGGUGUGCGGCGAUGCGCUUGGAAAGCUCUACUUCCUCUGCUGGAGGGAAUAGGAACCUGCAUGACACUAACUAAAGCUUACUUAUCACCAAAGAUUAUGCUUAUGUGCAAUAUAACUCAAUAAGAAAAAUGAGUGUAAUAUUAGAUAUGAAGGAUGAUUUCUGUUGGAAUGCUUGCUUUACGUACCCAAGUUUUUUUUUAGGUUUUGUUUGGGCAAAAUGUUUAUUUGAAAAUCAUUAAAGGGCAAAUGUUGAGUCUGAUUUCUGUUUACAGCUGCGAAUAAUAAAUGACAUUUUUAUGUGCACUUUGUUUGUC